UAUUUUAGAAUGGAGAAGGAAGUAGACAACGCUCUAUCAACCAUCCUCCAACGUGUGAACGGGGUGAAGGGGUCACUGCAGACCUUCAUGAGAAAGUUGGAGUUGGGAGGGGUUAUUUGGCCAGAUGUUAAUGAGAACUUUACCACGCUAGCUGGACAGCUCAACUUCCUACAGAAGGCCCUUACCAAAGAAGAUACACCCCAACUACAGAACCUGGUGCUACUACCACUGCUAACCAGCACAGGAACAGGUCCUGAUACCACCCUGGAGCAGCUUACUGAGGGCCGGAUACCCUACCUGGCUCAGGACAGUCUCCCCAACUACCUGAGGACCAAACUUGAUCUGGAGAUCGAGAAGAAGGAACAUUUCGUUUCUACUGAGGUGAACAGGAUAUCAGAACAUAACCUACAACAACAGAUAUGCGAUCUUAACAAUCUGUCCGAUGCAUUAUCAGAAAUCAUCCAAACGUCACGUGACUCAUGGGACGAAGUGAAUCCCCACCCGCGGUUACCAGAAAACGAAAACAAGGAGCUGGUGAAACUAAUGUCUGCGUUGGAGACCGGAAAGGGGCUGAGGAGUAACAAUAGGAAGAGAGGUUGAGGAGUAACAAUAGGAAGAGAGGUUGAGGAGUAACAAUAGGAAGAGAGGUUGAGGAGUAACAAUAGGAAGAGAGGUUGAGGAGUAACAAUAGGAAGAGAGGUUGAGGAGUAACAAUAGGAAGAGAGGUUGAGGAGUAACAAUAGGAAGAGAGGUUGAGGAGUAACAAUAGGAAGAGAGGGUGAGGAGUAACAAUAGGAAGAGAGGUUGAGGAGUAACAAUAGGAAGAGAGGUUGAGGAGUAACAAUAGGAAGAGAGGUUGAGGAGUAACAAUAGGAAGAGAGGUUGAGGAGUAACAAUAGGAAGAAAGGUUGAGGAGUAACAAUAGGAAGAGAGGUUGAGGAGUAACAAUAGGAAGAGAGGUUGAGGAGUAACAAUAGGAAGAGGGGCUGAGGAGUAACAAUAGGAAGAGAGGUUGAGGAGUAACAAUAGGAAGAGAGGUUGAGGAGUAACAAUAGGAAGAGAGGUUGAGGAGUAACAAUAGGAAGAGAGGGUGAGGAGUAACAAUAGGAAGAGAGGUUGAGGAGUAACAAUAGGAAGAGAGGUUGAGGAGUAACAAUAGGAAGAGAGGUUGAGGAGUAACAAUAGGAAGAGAGGUUGAGGAGUAACAAUAGGAAGAGAGGUUGAGGAGUAACAAUAGGAAGAGAGGUUGAGGAGUAACAAUAGG